CUGUCACUCCGCUGUCAUCCGUCAUCCAUACGUCAAAACAAAAAACUCCGGUAAUUAUGUAAAUCCGUCUGUAUUUGUGUAAUAGACUAUUGUUUGAUAACAAACAUUACAAAUUUACUUAGAAUGAAGUGUUUAUUAGUGUUUGAUCACCUCAAUGAUGUAGUUUACACAAACUACGAUAAAGAAUUUUCGGAGCACGUCUGCGAAUUUGCGUCUUUACAAGGUUUCACAAACGCCCCAGAAAAUGCGGAUAAGUCAUCCAUCGAUGAUAAUGCACUCGUUCAGAUAUUUUCCCCCAUAAUCACCUCCCAGAGGAUCAUGAGUUGCCAAUUCGGGAAUUCGUACACAUCCAUACAGUGUGACGAUGGUUUGAACAUGUGUUUCGAUGAAUAUAUGGGGUACUUGUUUGUAAGUGUAGCAAGAGAAGAUAUUCCCAGUAUAAAAAAAUUCCUUAGUAUUUGUAUAACAACAGUGCGGUAUUUAUGUGGACCAGAUGUGUGUCAGCUUAGAUCCAAAGAGAAGAAUUCUCUAGCGACAAGAUUGAUAGACAGUUGGGUGUAUUUGCAGAGUAAUGAUCAAGCUGUGUUUGUCGAGGCUGUGGAGCAACUAGUUGUCAAUUCAGACGUUAGUUCCGUCACUCUUCAAAUUCUGCGCAAAUCAGUGGAUAAAUUAGUAACAAUGACCGACUGUUCAAAAAUACAUGCAAUGGUGCUUGUAAAUAACAAGUUCCUGUCUUUAUUCUCUAGUCAAAACGCCAAAGAAUUGUCAGCUUCUGACAUUCUUUUCUCCACUAUCCUGUCUCACAGUAGCAGCCCAAAGUUUGCCGAGUCCGAAAACCCCCUAGACAGUCUCCAAAUCCUGCUAGCAGGCUCUGAUCAAACCCCCUCGUGUUUAUCCCACGUCGUCCAUAUCAUUCCAAUCUGCGAAGGCAUCAACCUUUUAUACCUUUUAGAAGUCGGAAACGUCGCAAUUUCCUCCGGUUUAUACGAAGUUUUCCACCAUUUGCACGCCAUGCAGUUCGUCCAAAUCCAACGAAAUGUAGAAACUUUAAGACCCGCUUUCGAGAAUUUAGAUUUAGCGAUGAAAAGACUGAACGACGCCCUCAAGAGAAAUAAAAGCGGCGCGAGCGAGAACUGCGCUAAGCAGCUAAUCAAGAAAUGGGAUAUUAUUAGGAGGAAAUAUCUAGAUUUUAUUAAAACCAACUCUGAUGAGGCGCUCUUGAGGGCAGAAACGUUGGCGUUGGGGUUCCUGGAGAAUUUGAAGCAGCUGCUAAGUCUGACUUCCAUUGAUGAGAAGAUUAUUUCUUUGUCGCAAAAACAGACACUCGAGGUUGCGAAAAUGGUGUCUGAUAAGCUGAACACUUACAAUGAGUUUUUGAAAGUCAAGUCAAUUAGGAAUUUCACGCUUGGAUCUAGAGAUUCCCUAACUAUUAAUAAGUACUUGGAGGAGUUUCCUGGGUUGGUUCAUUUUUUGUAUGUGGAUCGCGUCAGUCAUAGGGUGACAGCCCCCACUUUGGACUUCAGUGCAGACGAAACUAACAAACUCACUAAAAACAAAAUUUGGGCGAUGAUUAAAUUUUCGCGGAACCACCUACAAGAAGGUAAUUUGUCGCUCAUGUGGAAGGACACGAUUUUCAACUACGCCUACUUUUUGUGGUUUGAAGACACCAGCGGUACCCCCAUGAAACCUCUAGUUUAUCCAACAAACUCCACAAAAGCUCUUCCUUUACCAAGCCUCUUGGGUAGCGAUUUCUACCAGAGACUAAAAGAAGUCUGUUUUCCAAAAAUGCCAUCAAACAAAAUCCGGUGUUAUGAAUUAUUCUGUGUACAUUUAGGAUUAGUCACUGCCUCCUGCGUCUUAGAACAUACACGAAGAUUAGCGGCCACGAUUUGGGAACUGAGAGGACUCAAAGCCCACCCUAUCGAUCUGUUAUAAACUUAUUAAUAAAACGUUCUUCACGAAAAA